UUCCUGAAAAGGUCUUCAUGGGAACGAGGACUGGCAGAGCACAGCAGGCAUUCUGACCCACAGGUGUCUACCCCACAGGUGUCAACAAAGGCAGCUACAGAGAGGCAGGAGCAGCGAGGGCGCGGGGCCAGAGCAUUACUGCGCCUGACAAAAGGCAAAGAAAGCAAAGCGGCUAGCGCCGCUAUCGUUGUUGUCGCUCUGCGUUUUCAUUCCGCGAGGAAGCGAGCAGCUCCGGGUCCGGCGAUGGGGCUUCCGCGGAGCGCCGCGCUCGCCCUGCUGGUCGUGCUGCUGGCAGGCCGAGCUUGGGGCGCGGGACUGGCGGUCGACGCGACCGCGCAGGAGAACGCGACCGACGCGCCCGGGGAGGCCGGCGCGCACGGCGCCGUCGACCCCCACGCGAACGCCACUGCCGGCGGUGCGCACGGAGCCGUCAUCACCACCCUGCCCAUCGUCAUCUGGAAGUGGCACCACGUCGAGGUGCCCUACCUCGUGGCCCUCUGGGUCUUCGUCUGUUGGCUCUGCAAACUGGUGUUCGAGCUGAACCACAAGCUGACCAGCGUCAUCCCCGAGAGCGGCCUCCUCAUCCUCAUCGGCUUCGUCCUCGGCGGGAUAAUCUGGGCGGCGGACCACGCCCAGACCUUCGCCCUGAGCCCCACGGUCUUCUUCUUCUACCUGCUGCCCCAGAUCAUCCUCGACGCCGGCUACUUCAUGCCCAACAAGCUGUUCUUCGGCAACAUGGGCGCCAUCCUGACGUUCGCCAUCAUCGGCACCUGCUGGAACGCUGCCGCCCUCGGCCUAUCGCUUUGGGGCGUGCACAUGGCUGGAGCCAUGGGAGAUCUGGACAUUGGCCUGCUGCAGUACCUGCUCUUCGGGAGUCUGAUUGCUGCAGUGGAUCCCGUGGCAGUGAUUGCUGUUUUCGAAGAAGUUCACGUGAAUGAAGUCCUCUUCAUCCUGGUUUUCGGGGAAUCCCUGCUGAAUGAUGGCGUGACAGUGGUGCUGUACAAUGUCUUUGACGCUUUUGUAAGUUUAGGAGGGGAGCGGAUUAAUGCCGCGGAAAUAAUCAAAGGCAUAGUGUCGUUCUUUGUGGUCGCCUUCGGCGGGGCCCUCGUUGGGGUGAUCUUCGCCAUUCUGCUCUCCCUCCUGACCCGCUUCACGAAGAACGUGCAAAUCAUCGAACCCGGGUUCAUCUUCGUGUUCUCCUAUCUCGCCUACCUCACUGCCGAGAUGCUGUCUUUGUCUUCCAUCCUGUCGAUCACCUUCUGCGGCAUCUGCUGUCAGAAGUACGUCAGUGCCAACAUGGACGAGAGAUCGGUGACCACGGUCAGGUACACCAUGAAGCUGCUGGCCAACGGGUCGGAGACCAUCAUCUUCGUCUUCCUCGGGAUCUCCGCCAUAGAUCCGAACAUAUGGGUCUGGAACACCGCCUUCAUCCUCCUGACCCUGCUUUUCAUCUUCGUGUACAGGUUCAUAGGCACCUUCGCCCUCACCUGGGUUCUGAACCGGUACCGACUCGUUCCUUUGGAGGUCAUCGACCAGGUGGUCAUGAGCUACGGUGGCCUGCGGGGGGCGGUGGCGUACGGCCUGGUUGCGCUGCUGGAUGAGAACAAGUUCAAGGAGAAGAACCUCAUGGUCUGCACAACUCUAAUAGUGGUGUACUUCACCGUCAUUCUCCAGGGCGUGACCAUGAAACCUUUGGUCAAGUGGUUGAAGGUGAAGCGGGCCGCUGUGAAAGAGCCCUACCUGAUCGUGAAGCUUCAGAACAGGGCUUUUGAUCACAUCCUCAUCGCGAUCGAGGAUAUUUCAGGACAAAUCGGACACAACUACAUGAGAGACAAGUGGAACCAGUUUGAGGAGAGGUGGCUGUGUUCGUUCCUGAUGAAGCCGAAGAUUCGCAAGUCGCGGGAUUACCUCUUCAGCGUGUUCCACCAGCUGAACCUGAAAGACGCCGUCAGCUACGUCAACGAGGCCGAGCGUAGGGGAUCCCUGGCCUUUGUGCGCCAGUCAGACAGCGACACCAACGUGGACUUCAAGAAGAUCUUCGGCGCCAAUAUGUCGGACAUGCCCGAGGGAACGUGUCACAUCUCGGACUCAGAUUCGGAUCAGACGCUGGCGUCUUCCGUUCUGCGGGACAGCGUACCGUCCGUGUGCCUGGACGUGCACGAGAUGGACAUGCGGGGGCAGAGCGGGAGGGUGCCGGAGGAUAUCAACACGCACCGCCUGCUGCAGCAGCACCUCUACAAGGCCCGCAAACAGCAUAGGCACAGGUACAGCAGGAGCCACAUCAGUGUCAACAAGGAUGAGAACGAGGUCCAGGAGAUCUUCCAGAGGACUAUGAGGAGCCGACUGGAGUCCUUCAAAUCUGCCAAAAUGGGCGUCACCCACAAUAAGAUGAUCAAGCCCCCCAAGAGGGAUCAAACACAAAAGAUGCCAAAUGGAAAAUCAAUCAAUAAAAGUAAAGGACAUCCCUUCAUAGACGAAGAUUUUGAGUUCUCGGACACAGACGGUGCCCAUCUGGACAACCCAGCGAAUUACCCAGCAUCAGCCAGGGGAACGCCCAUGACUGUAACAUACACGGCUGGAGGGGGAAUUGAGAACCCCGCCUUCAUGCCAGACGCCGACCUUGUCGGCCCGGGUGAGACCCCCCCGUGGGAGGCCCCCCCCUGGCAGGCCGCAGCGCAGACGGAGAACGUGGUGGCCCCCUCCCAGAGGGCCCAGGUGCGGCUGCCCUGGUCGCCUAGCAACCUCCGUCGCCUGGCUCCCCUCCGCAUCAGCACACGCUCCACGGACUCCUUCCUCCUGGCGGACGCCCCUUCCAGGGAAGAGCACUUUCCUCCACCACCACCACCACCACCCGACGGGAGCCAGCUCUAGGCCCGACUGUUACAAUCCUCCCUCAAAGAUUAAAAAAAAAAAAACUCAUGCAAGAUAAUCCACACGUCUGCAACCAAAAUGCAAAGCAAACUGCUCUCCACACAGUUCCAGAACUUUCUUUCUGACGUAGUUUAUUUCUGACGCAGAAAUGCGUGGCCUGCAUCUUAUCCCUAAACCUGUGGAGAGUGAACGGGUAUUCUGAUAUUAAGUAAAUAAAUAUAUAUUACCUAUCCAAAUGAAAGAAAUAUAUACAAAUAGAUUUAUUUUGCUAAUUGUUCACUGGUGUAAUUGUUUGAGUGUUGUUUUGUUGUAUUUUAGACAGAUCUGUACCAAUGAUUUUGAGCUUCUAGCCUCUCAAUCUGCUCGAGGCUCUGCACUGUCGAGAGCAUCUUUACCAGAGAUUAUACAUGUUUUAUUCCUAUCCGAUUGUUACAUAUACAAGUUUUUAUUGAACAAAUUAAAUGUGUGAAAUGCUUUUUAAAGCCCUAGGCCAAGACAAAGAACUUAUGAAUGUACAUUUGUUUUGUGUUUCUUAUGUAAUAAAUUUAUGUUAUUUAUUCAA